AUGUCUGACGAGCAGCCAGUCAAUCACGGUCGAUUCUUCCACUUGUCUAUGCCAGACUCAGAAUGGCUACAAGUCGCUGAUAAGCAUGCUAUGGUAGAUGAGGCGGCCGCAAAGCUGUACGCUCUACCGAUUGAAGAGUUCCGCAAGAUCCCCUACCAACCGCCUCCGCUUGCAACUUAUGCCCCCGUUGAAGGGAGAGACAUACGCAUCGCAGAGUCUCAUGUGACGGUGCGAGAUGGGACAUCAAUCGAAGUUCGCAUUUAUCAACACAUAAGCAAUGAAAAAUCAAACUCGUUGACACCAAUAUACUACAAUAUUCACGGAGGAGGAUGGAUGACUGGCAAUACUGAGUCUGAAGAGACUCAGAAUAGACUCGUAGCCGCUCGGAAUAAAGUACUGGUGAUUAGUGUGGAUUAUAGAAGGUCUCCGGAAUUCCCCUACCCUUGUGGACUCAACGACUGUUACGACGUUUUCAAAUGGUUGCUUAGGCAUGCUGCUUCUCUUGGAGGGGAUGCCAAGAGAAUUAUCAUUGGGGGCGGCAGCGCAGGAGCGAAUUUGGCAACCGUUGUGGCACGAAGGGCUCGUGACGAAGGAAUCACGGCCAUAAUAGGGCAAAUCCUCAACAUCCCCGUGACUUGCCACCCGGACCAUUUUCCUGCGUCGAAAUACAGUAUCGGGACGACAAGUUCAUACCAACAGAACGCCGACGCACCUAUUGUUAGCGCUACGAGAAUGCGGUUGUUUUGGGAUAACUACAUCGCAGCGGAAAAAGCAAACGACCCGCAAGCGAGCCCGUUGCUGUCUGACAACUUGAAAUACCUGCCACCAGCAUUAAUCCAGGUCGCCGGGAUGGACCCUUUAAGGGAUGAAGGUUAUGCUUAUGCCGAAGCUUUGAAAAACAGCGGGGUUUCUGUUACCCUCAACACGCACGCAGGGAUGCCACACGCCUUCUACGUAUAUAGCCACUUCAAGAAAACGAAGGAAUACCACGAGGCCGUGAUGGAGUUUGUGGAAGGUAUAACAACAAGCAAAUAG